ACCAGGAGGCGGAGCGAGAGCUCGGCCUGGGCGGUAUCCUCCGGAGCGGCCGUCGCCGGGCUCCAUGGAGAAGCGGGGUGCGCCGCCGGCCGCCCCUCCCCGGGGCCCGGUGUUGCACAUCGUGGUGGUGGGCUUUCACCACAAGAAGGGCUGCCAGGUUGAAUUCUCCUACCCUCCCCUGAUUCCUGGAGAAGGACAUGACAGCCACAAUUUACCAGAGGAAUGGAAAUAUUUGCCAUUUCUUGCCUUACCUGAUGGUGCUCACAACUACCAGGAAGAUACUGUGUUUUUCCAUUUGCCACCAAGAUGUGGGGACCGAACCACAGUAUAUGGUGUCUCUUGCUAUAGGCAGAUAGAAGCGAAGGCAUUAAAAGUACGACAAGCAGACAUCACCCGAGAAACAGUGCAGAAAAGUGUCUGUGUUCUCAGUCAGCUGCCUUUGUAUGGGUUACUUCAGGCAAAGCUGCAGCUCAUUACUCACGCAUAUUUUGAAGAAAAAGACUUCUCACAAAUUUCAAUUCUAAAGGAACUUUAUGAUCAUAUGAACAGUUCCUUGGGAGGGACUUUGUUAGAAGGGUCACAAGUUUAUCUUGGUCUGUCUCCUCGGGAUCUUGUUCUUCACUUUAGACACAAGGUCUUGAUCCUUUUUAAACUGAUUCUUCUAGAGAAGAAGGUGCUGUUUUAUAUUUCUCCGGUAAAUAGAUUAGUGGGAGCUCUGAUGACUGUCCUGUCAUUAUUUCCUGGUAUGAUUGAGCACGGUCUUACUGACAGCUCACACUAUAGACCCAGAAAAAGCGUAUCAGAGGAUGCUGGCUUGCAAGAAACUACACCAUGGUUAGAUAACUCAACUUCUGUGUCUGCUGGUGGUAUUUCGAAUACAAACUUGGGAACAGGGAAGGGAGGCAAGAAGAUGGCAGGAAACCACUCAGUGGAAGGUCAAAAAGCAAACAUUCCUUUCUGCCAGUCAGAGAAGACUUACAAUGGAGCUCAGUCCUCCAAUGGUACUGUGCAACAUCUAGAAGUUCCUUCCCGCACUUCUCCAGAAUCCUCUGAAAGUGACUGGGAGACCUUAGAUCCUAGCAUUUUGGAGGAGUCUAGUAUGAAAGGAGAAUGUGAAAAAGCAGCAUUGGAACAGGUGGAAAAUCGUCCAAGUGAAUGCCCGAGCUCUGAAAGUCUUCCAAUCACUGUGCAGCCCCAAGCAAACACAGGACACAUGGUGCUUGUUCCAGGACUCAUAUCUGGCUUGGAAGAGGACCAGUAUGGUAUGCCGUUGGCUAUUUUUACGAAGGGAUACCUUUGCUUGCCAUACAUGGCACUGCAGCAACAUCAUCUUCUGUCAGAUGUGACAGUCCGCGGCUUUGUUGCGGGAGCCACCAAUAUCCUCUUCCGGCAGCAAAAACAUCUGAGCGAUGCAAUUGUGGAAAUAGAAGAUGCUCAUGUACAAAUCCAUGAUCCAGAACUUCGUAAGAUCCUGAACCCUACAACUGCUGACCUGAGAUUUGCAGAUUACUUGGUGAAGCAUGUAACUGAGAACAGAGACGAUGUUUUCCUUGACGGCACUGGAUGGGAAGGAGGAGAUGAGUGGAUCAGGGCUCAGUUCAGUGCUUAUCUUCAUGCACUGCUUGCUUCUGUGCUGCAACCAGACAAUGAAAAGACUUUGUCAGACUUUGGAACAGCCUUCGUAGCAGCCUGGAAAAAUACUCACAACUACAGAGUAUGGAAUAGCAACAAGCAUCCAGCUCUUGCAGAAGUACAUUCUAGCCAUCCAUUUCAGGGACAAUACUCUGUGUCAGAUGUUAAAUUAAGAUUGUCACAUUCUGUGCAAAACAGCGAACGUGGGAAGAAGAUUGGAAAUGUGAUGGUUUCUACUAGCCGAAAUGUUGUGCAAACAGGAAAAGCUGUAGGUCAGUCGGUUGGAGGAGCCUUCACAAGUGCAAAAUCAGCCAUGUCAUCAUGGUUUUCCACUUUUACACAGUCAAGCCAAAGCCUUGGGGACUAAGUGAUGGUUUUGCCCAGUGCUGCUAAGUAUUUCAGGUGCAAUGGUUUCUCUGAGCUGUAAAAGGACUGCUCCAAAAAGUAGGAGGGAAUACUACCUAUCCAGGACCAAAACAAGGCAUAUGUUGCUUUCAAGGAGAUGUGGAAUGUUAUCAUUCAGUUUCACUAGAAGUAUAGAAUGGUGAGUGCCUCCAUACAAUGAGAUGGCAUUUGCUGGAUAUUGGUUGUGUUUAAAAUGACUACUUCAAAUCUGAGCCUUUAUAAAGACGUUAGCAAACAAGGCUUGUUGCAAGCCAAAUGUGUUUGACUUUAGAUUUGUACAUUUUCUUGGAUGUUGAAGAUAUUUAUGUAAAGUAGUUAUAUUUUUCAAUCCAAGUAGCCAAAUGGUUGUGAAUCUUCUUAGAAAUAAGCAGAGUGUGACUACUGAUUCAUCUUUCAAGUUGGGUUAGAGAGCAUGUCAGCAACAGUUAAAAGGGUGGUUAUAGGGUAUAUAGUGGCUCAAAGCCAGGUAGCACUUUGCUGGUUCCACCUGCAGACUAGAAUCAGCAGGGUGCAGAAUAAGACUGUGGCUGACUUCGGAGUGUUUCUCCUUUCUCAUCUAUAGCCACGCACAGUUUUUUGCAUUAAUCUCUCUAGCUCUCUUUGUGUCUGCAAGUCUGUGUAACAAUUGCGAAAUCACUCUUUUCUUGGUAUUACACAGUAGGCCUUUGUAACAGCGUAUGUUUUGGCAGUGUUUUACCCCAGGACAUGAACAGGAUUCCAGUUGGAGACAUCUCUUCAUGAAAAGUAUUACAAAACAAUACUCCAAAAUUAGGAUUGAAUCAUAGACAGUUUUCUGAGGUCUUGCUCUGUUAGGAUAUAAUUACACCAUCAAUGUAAUUAUUAUGUAUAUGAAUACUAAGUAUUAAAAUUACCUAAGCUAG